AUGUGGAUCGUAAAUAGUAUGAUCGUUAUUGCAAUAGCAUUAUUUAUGCAAUUGCAUAAUGCAUAUGCACAAUGUUCACCACAAGCAGCACAAAAUUGUGUUCCAUAUACAUGUGUUCAAACGGAAAAUAUUUUUUCAUGUCUUUGUCCAAAUAUGCAAUUGGCAUCGAGUGCAGCAGAAUGUGAUAUUAUUAAUCCUCCAACAACACAACCUCCAGUUGUUAUUCCAAAUCAAUGUUCAACUGCUGUAUGUCCUGCUGGUUCUACAUGUGUACCAACAAAUCAAAAUCCAGCACUUUAUGUUUGCGUUUGUCCAAAUAAUAUUAUUGCUAAUCCAAAUUGUCCAGGAGUUCUACCAAAUAAUCAAUGUCUUUUUAAUAAUCCAUGUAGAAAUGGAGGUACAUGUGUUAUUAAUCCACUAACACAGCAACCUGUUUGUAUUUGUCCACCAAAUACUUAUGGUCAAAAUUGUGCAAAUCCUUGCCGUCCAUAUUGUGAUAAUAGCUGGUGUUACAAUGGUGGUCGAUGUGCUAAUGCAUACGGUCAAGCUUAUUGUAUGUGUCCAUACAAUUAUCGUGGUCGACGUUGCGAACUUCGAUAUAGUGCUUAUAACUAUGUCUAUUUAUAUCAUUAUCCUCAUUACCAUAUUGGCAAAUAA